AUGGGAAAUUCAAAACUAUCAAAAGAGGAGAAAGAAGAAAUAAUUAAAAAAACCAAAUAUACUCCAGAGGAUAUUGAACAAUUAAUUAAAGACUUUAAAGUAGCAGCAGCAUCUGAUAAAAAAUCUGGUUUUUCACAAGAGGAGUUUAUCAAAUUCUUCAAGGUUCGUUUUAGUAAUUGGGAUGAAGCUUCGAUGGUUAGAAUGUUUACAUUAUUUGAUUCUGAUGGUAAUGGAGUAAUUGAUGUAAAAGAGUUUAUAACAGCAUUAUAUUUAAUGGCCAAAGCGCCAACUUUAGAUUAAUUAGGAAUCUUUUUUGAUUUGUUUGAUAGUGAUAAAAGUGGUUAUCUUGAAAGAGAAGAGGUAGAUUAAUUAGUUAAUAUAGUUGUAUGUUGUGGUAAAGGUUUAGGUUAUUCAAUCAAUGACGCUAUUGACUAAGCAGUCUUUAUUACGUCGUGUCGUCAUAUUGCAGAUUAUCAAAAAGGAAUGUCUCGUGAGGAGUUUAUAAAAUCAGCCUCACAAUUUGAAAAUUUUGUAAAGGUUAUAUGUUUUUAUGAAAGCCCAUGUAUGCCAUUAUAUUAA